AUGGCGACUGAAAGCUCGGAAUCGACGAGUAGCAGCGCAACCGUUUCGGAAUUUAUCUACACUCCAUUUUACUGUGAGGAGAACAUAUAUUUUCUAUGCAAGAAACUCUGCGAAAAUGGGAGGGCAAAUGCUGAUGGAUCUGAUUUGUUUGUCGUGUUCAUCUCCAAUGAAAAGAAGGCGGCAGGGUCCUUAAGGAAUUCCUUUAUGGAGUUUGAUUUACUGAUUGGGGGCGAACCUCGCAAGUCUUGGUUAUUCAUUGUAGAUCCCGCUUUGGAAUCAGAAGGCGAGUACACGAGCAGAUGGGGUUGUGCUAUGGGAUUAUCAUGUCAUUUGCAUUCAGGUGAGUUGUAUCGGGUUGUGCAAGCUCCAGUAUUUCUCCGCGGAUUUGCUUCUGAUAUAAGGCAUAUGAAAGACUCUGCCGAUGGAACUGUGAAUAACCUGAAGGAUUACAUGGACAUCCAUGCACCAACCGAGGUGGCGGCAAUUGAAAGAGCUGAUAGAGAUGGUGUUGAGGCAGGAUGAGAAGCAUGGGGCGGUAAUAAAGGAGAGCCAGGUGAAGGAAUUCUUCUCACAACUGAAUCUGCCCAAUUGCUCCCACUGAUUAGCAGCAAUUAGUAAAUUCUCAGAUAACUGGCAGAAGGAAAAUCUUGUGUCUGCAUAUGCAUGAUUGACCUUACUGUAUUGCUUCUGUGCUCUCAAUUGAUUCGUGGAACGCUGGUCAAGGAAAUAGAAUCAAGCCCAUUAGACAACAUUUGCCAUUGUUGUCCUGACAUUCACUCUCUGUCGAAGCCCAGUGGCACAGUUAAAUGUCCUCGGCCCAAAUAUGGAGGGCUGCGUAAUACACCAUCUUCCCAUUCAAAAGAGGGGGGCUUAGCUCCUGAUACAAAUACGACUUGAAAUUCAAUCAUAAUCUCAUUAAUAAUACGUGUAUUUGGUAAUUUCAAAUAUUGGUAAAUUCGGUAUUGUAUUUG